AUGUGCAGCAUGCAGGACGAGUUUGCCGCCAUGCGUGUCGAGUACGAGGCCCUCUUGGCCGAAAAGGAGAACUGGCACCGCGAGUCCAUGGAGAUGCAUCACAUGAUCAACCAGCUGCAGUUUGACAAGGAGGAGCUUGUCCGCACCCACACGCUCGAGUCGGGCGAGCUUCGCAAGAAGGUCUCCGUCCUCACCGAACGUCUCGAGGCGGCCACCAGCAACGGCAUGGCCGCUGCGCCCAGCACCACCUUUACCGACUUUGCCUCGGAAAUGGACAACCUCAACAUGGGCCACAGCGACUGGGACAACUACAUCUUUGUCAACGACUUUGCCUCGGACGAGCAGACGCCCCCUCAACAGACGCAAGAACUGUCGCUCGUCUCCCGCACCAAGGAGGAGGAGAAGCCUGUCGCCUCUGGCCUUCUUCUCAUGCUCCUCUUGUGUGGCGCCUUUGUCGCAAGCAAGUCUGGCACCGCCGCCCCGCCGAUUCCACGUAUGCCUGAUGAGGUGCGCGCGGCCUCGGCUACCGUGCUGGACAGCAUCUUCAAGGAUGCUGGUGUCUCUACCACGCUGAACGAGCAAGGCAUCAUUGCGAAUCAUGUCACCGGCAUGGAACCCACGCCUUCGGGCAUGGCCUGGCCCAAGACCACCCUCUCUGGCUCCGAACUGGCUGGCCUCUCUGGCUCCCACCUCGAUCAACUGCACUCCCAUCUCACCGGCCCGACCAAGGACCAAGAGCACGAACAGCUCUUCUCCGUCACCCCUGCGCAAUACAACAGCCUGACCUCGAUGGACUUUACUCGCCAAAGAUAUAGCAUGACGACGGACGAGCUCAGUGACCCACUCUCGCCCGGCUCCCAACCCUCGCAUCGUCGCAACCUGGCCGAAACCCUGGCCGCCAUGCGCGAGCAGAACAAGGGUGACUCGGCCGCCGAAAUCUACACUCGCAGUCUGCUCUGGGACAAGAUCGCUCCCGAGGUUGUCCACGAGUUCAAGCGCAUCGUCGAAGAGUCGGCUGCCAUGUCCCGACCGACGACGUCGGAUGGCCCGACCAAGGUCGAAACCUGA